GUCAAAAAAUUUAACACACCAGCAGUGUGAAGAGACCUGAAAGUGGCACAUGGCAGCAGAGUGUGGCGAUGGAGACAGCAGCAAUGGGAGGCCGUACAGGGACCCAUGAGAGACUCUGGACUUGGCAGCAGCAUGAGGAGGCGGGAGGCGGGGCCCAUGGCAGAUUAGGGGCCUGGCAGCAGCUAUGUGAGGCCCGUAAUCUGCCUGCACCCUAUGUCAAAAAAUUUAACACACCAGCAGUGUGAAGAGACCUGAAAGUGGCACAUGGCAGCAGAGUGUGGCGAUGGAGACAGCAGCAAUGGGAGGCCGUACAGGGACCCAUGAGAGACUCUGGACUUGGCAGCAGCAUGA